GUUCCCGUCAUCCCAAAAGUAGUUAGAUCACAGAUGCGCUUGUGGAACGGAGUUGUCAAAGGUGAGAUGACGAGGCCCUGAACAAUUUAAACUGGACAUUUCUAUCAGAUUAUUAUCGACAAGACGAAACACUGAUUGAGUCUUUGACUGCAAAGACAUGGAACCAUCACCCCCCCAGCACCCCAACCACCCUGAAACCUGUCCCCACCUCCCCUCCCCCAGCUACCCCUAAAUCUACCCAAGGCACUAGACCCACCUUGACCCUGCCUAUAUCCACCCCAUCCGUCCCGACCUCUCCGGUCUCAUCUUCCUCCUCUUCUCAUCCUGGUCCCCCUCUCUCUCCUUCCUCACCCUCCCUCUCCACCCCUCCUGCCUCCCCCCUGCGGCAGCCCAUCAGGCCUGUCUCCCAGGCAGGAAGAUCCCAGCUCAAUGCUGCCAGCCGGUCAGCUGAGGAGAGGAGGGGGGGCAGGUGCUGCUGGAGAUACCCCGGUCAGCCCCCCUACUACCCCUCUACGACAGGCUUCAGUAGCUCAGCCAGAGGAGCCAGAGGAGGAGCUGAGUGUGGAGGAGCUGGAGGAGAGGGCCAAGUCUGGAGAUGCCAAAGCCCAGAGUAGGAUGGGCUGGUACUACUUGGCCCUGGCUGAGGAGAGAGAUGAGGAGGUGAACAACUGUACAGCAGUAAGCUGGCUGGUGCAGGCCAGCAAACAGGGCCGCAAGGACGCAGUCAAGAUGCUACAGCGCUGCCUAGCAACAAGGAAAGGCAUCACGUCAGAAAACUUUGAGGAGGUGAAGAAGCUGUGUACGGAGACAAGAUUUGAGAGAGGAGUGAGGAAGGCUGCUCUGGUCAUGUACUGGAAGCUCAACCCAGAGAAGAAGAGAAGGGUGGCAGUGUCUGAGAUGCUGGAGAACGUGGAACACGUCAACGCUGAGCCAGAUGAUGCUGCCUCCCAGCGCCCCAUAUCCAGCUCUAUGCAGAAACAGAGGAGAGUUCUGGAGAGCCUCGUCACCAGCAAAGCUAGUUGCUAUGACGUGGAUCUGGAUGACUUUGUAGAGACCACUAAGAAGUAUGCUCAGGGCAUCCCCCCCUCUCCCACUAUGGCUGGGGACGGUGGUGACGAUGACGAUGAUGAAGCUGUGAAGAACCCAGACGACUUGCCCCUUCACAAGAAGGUCUUGAAGUUCCCCCUGCACGCCCUGUUGGAGAUCAAGGAGCACCUGAUUAACUGGGCGUCCCGGGCGGGCAUGCAGUGGCUCAGUGCCCUCAUCCCCACGCACCACGUCAAUGCUCUCAUCUUCUUCUUCAUCAUCAGCAACCUUACCAUCGACUUCUUCAUCUUUCUCAUCCCCCUGCUCAUCUUCUAUCUGUCCUUGUUCUCCAUGGUCAUCUGCACGCUGCGCGUCUUCCAGAACUCCAAGGCGUGGGAGAACUUCCGGGCCCUUACAGACCUGCUGUUACGUUUCGAGCCCGGCCUGGACCUGGAGCAAGCUGAGACUAACUUCGGCUGGACCCACCUGGAGCCCUACCUCUACUUCCUGCUGUCGGUGGUCUUCGUGGUCUUCUCCUUCCCCGUGGCUGACAAGACCUGGAUCCCCUGCUCCGAGCUGGCCACCGUGGCCCUGUUCUUCACCGUCACCUCCUUCCUCAGCCUCCAAGCCUCCGCUGAGCUCCUCGCCCGCCGCGCCCUGCUCACAGAGGUCUUAUCGGGGGUCUGUGCCCUUACACAACUAUUACCCGAUAGUGUCUGGUUCCUGCGGGUGUUAGGAACAACGUUUGUGACGGUGCCGCUAGGGGAGAUGGUGGCGCUGAACGUGGGCGUGCCGUGUCUUCUCUACGGGCACCUGAUCUACCUGCUGUUCCGCAUGGCCCAGCGGAGGGGCUUCAGGGGCACCUACCUCUGCCUCGUCCCCUACAUGGUCUGCUUCGUCUGGUGUGAGCUCUGCCUGGCCCUGCUCCACUCCUCCUCCACCAUCGGUCUGAUUCGGACCUGUGCGGGCUACCUCCUCUUCCUGUUCGCACUGCCUGUCCUCACCUUGGGCUUGGCGGCCAUGUUGCUCUUCAAGGUCCUCCAGUGGUUCAUGGCUCUGGAGAUCACCAAGAUGCUGGUGACUCUGACUGUGUGCGCAGUCCCGGUGGUGUUGCGGUUGUGGACGCGGUUCAGCCUGAACCCGCUGGUGGUGGCGCGGUUCCUGUCACGGAGCAGUGUGGUAAAGCUCAUCCUGGUGUGGCUGAGUGCUUUGUUGAUGUUCUGCUGGAUGUAUGUCUACCGCUCAGAAGGCAUGAAGGUGUAUAACUCCACCCUCACGUGGCCGGAGUACAGUAACCUGUGUGGGCCCAAGGCCUGGAAGGAAUACAACAUGGCCCAAACCCAGAUCCUGUGUUCUCACCUGGAGGGCCACCGGGUCACCUGGACAGGACGCUUCAAAUACGCCCGCAUUACCGACAUUGAGAACGGAGCCCAGUCCGUCAUCGGCCUACUUCCUGUGUUCGUAGGGAACUGGAUGAGAUGUCUCUAUGGUGAGGCCUAUCCCCUCUGUGAAAACACCACCGACCCCACUGCACCUCACCAGGCCCUUCCCGCACCUCUUCCAGAAGACCCCUUAUGCAAACUGAAAAAGCUGGCCAAGCACGAGUGCCACGUGAAGCACUUCGACCGCCACAAGUUCGAGGUGACCUUGGGCAUGCCCCUGGAGAGGAAGAGUAAGAACGGGACCAUCAUAGAGGACGAGGACGCCACCAAGGACAUCGUCCUGAGGGCCAGUAGUGAGUUUGGCCCCGUGCUGCUGCACCUGAGCGCUGGCAGCCUGGUAGAGUUCAGUACGGUUCUGGAGGGACGCCUGGGCUCCAAGUGGCCUGUGUUUGAGCUGAAGGCCAUCCACUGUCUGACGUGUGCGGACGCCCGAGUGCCCAGCGGCAGGCAGUACAAGAUAGAACACGACUGGAGGCGCACGGCCCAGGGAGCACUGCAGUUUGCCUUUGACUUCUUCUUCAACCCCUUCCUCACCGCACGGCUGGAGCAGGACACUGAGACACAGACCACACAGGGCAGAGGAGGAAUGCACCAAGGCUAGUGGUGGAUAAAUGCAGAGGACUGUACACUAUGUGGAGUGUAUAAGUGUAAACUAUGUGCAGUGUGUAAGUGCACUGAGAACUGAUUUCAGUAUGGAUUGUAAGUAAUGCAUCAUGUCGACCACUAUCAGGAGUGUCUGAGUGUACACUAUGUGGAGUGUACACUGGGAAUGUACACACAAUCACAUAAAGGUUUGUCAGUAAGACAUGCAUUAUGUCUCCCUAUAGUAGUCUGUGGUUCUGCAGGGUGUUUUCCACUAUGCUGGAGUUCCAGUAGCGCGGUUCAACUGCUUCUAGUGUGUGUGUGUGUGUGUGUGUGUGUGUGUGUGUGUGUGUGUGUGUGUGUGUGUGUGUGUGUGUGUGUGUGUGUGUGUGUGUGUGUGUGUGUGUGUGUGUGUGUGUGUGUGUGUGUGUGUGUGUGUGUGUGUGUGUGUGUGUGUGUGUGUCUGCUCUAUGAGCCCCUACUGUAGACUAGUAAAACCAGCUUAGAAUCAUAGUUGAAUUGUACAUAUGGUUAAACUAUGCAUGGGUGUGUGUUCGUAGUGUGUGAGUGUUUUCAUAGCUGCUGAGUCAUAGUGGGAAAGGAUAAUAUCACAGAACAUAACCACUGAAUUACAAAGGAGGGAGACAAUUUACACUAACUACACUUUCAUACACCACAAUCACUUCCACACACACCACCUCAACCUUCUCAUUCAUAGCCAGUGUUCUCAGUCUGUCAACGUUUGAGAAAGUGUGUGGGACAAUGCCGAUCAACAUUGUGGUCAAUAAGCUUAUUGACUUGCUCUUGAUAUGCAGUCCAAAUGUCUAAUUUUGCAUGCCAUUCAACCAUAUAGGCCUGCUGUUUGCAUCCAUGACACUAAGGGCUAGAUUCUAUCAUAUUUGCACUAGCCGACACCCACAUAACUAUGCUGGAGCUGUCAAAUCUACAAGCGGCUCCUGGUAUUAUACCUAGAGGAUGUUGCCAUUGGCUGCAUGGAGUCGCAUUAAGAGAAAUCCCGUGCAGCUUUGUUUUACAAGUUCGGACACUGGAAUAUGAGAUGUAAUCCACACCUCAAUUAGGCUGAUAGAAAUCCUAAUUAUUUAGUUGAAUGAUUUUUCAAUUUGAGCGUAAUUAUUUCUAUAUCGCCUUCACUUUCUCAUUCUGAACUUCUAAAGUGAGUGGGACGGGUGUGGCUUCGUGACAAUGAUCAAGAGCAGCCGCUCACUGAUUUGACAGCUCCAACGCAGUUCCACCUCCGACACUGCCAAAACAUCCGCUGGUUAACGAUCUGAUUGAAUCUAGGCCCUACUGUAAAUAUUUUUGUCUGUUGUUUGACUUAUCAAGUCUGUUUACAUAUGAAGUAAAAGUAGGACUUUGUAACUACAUUUAAAAUACUCAAUAGUGUUUGUGUUUUAUGCAUGAAUUGUGUUUUCAAAAUGAACUGCCUUUUUGUAACAGUUUGAGGCCUUAAUUCAGUUUCAUUUUAGGUACUUGGAAAGUAUUGUACAGUUCUUGAAUAGUUUUUUGUUUCCUGAAAUAGUUUUUCAUUAUAAGAUCAUGAUGGAGAAACAAAUGGACUUAAACUGUUCCAGUUGUCUCCUUAAAUAUUGAGCUUUAAUCAUUGUCAUGUUGAUACCCUUCUUGUAAAUAGUAAGUGCCUGUCUAUUCAAAUCACAUUAAAUAGUUCUGAUGCCACAUUAACCUAGCAGCGUAUAGGCUACUGAAAUCCUGUCAGCGUUUCUCUUUACAGAGAAUGACAUAUUCAACCUCUGAUAGUUGACCUGUAUCAAAGUGCACUUGUGUCCAAAUAGAUUUUUGCCCCUCCUUUACUGGUGUGCCUUGUUGUCCCUCCUCUCCCUCCCUGCUGUGUGGGGUUCUGUUCUGAUCUGAUCCCACAGUUCCAGUCCGCAGCAGGCCUCUAAUGAUGAGGUCACUGUCACAGGAUGUGAUGUCACUAUUGUAACGCUCUACUCUACCGUGACCAAUAAACCAAUCAUGGAAAUGUAAA